AUGUCUGAAGAAGCUCCUCCAAAUACUACCACGCCCGUUGCUUCAAGCGAUGAGAAGAAUCUUGUCGUUUCUUUCAUACAGUUUAUUAGACACAAGGUAUCAGCAAAUAAAUGCGCGGAGGACCAGGUCGAAGCACUGGAGGUGGCUGUGCAGUGCUUGGAGUCAGCCUUUCGACUCACAGAUGCCAAUUAUGCUUUUCAACCUUCCAAACCACUUAUAGAUGUAUUCACAGCCGCGGAAGGUCUCCCAUCGGGAGAAAAUGAACUACCGGAACCAACUCAAGCAGAAAUUGCAGAGGCAAAUAAACUGAAGGAAGAGGGAAAUGAUCUGAUGAAAUCAUCCCAAUUUGAUGCUGCUGUUAGUAAAUACAAUGAAGCAAUCAAGCUAAACAGGGAUCCCGUCUAUUUUUGUAACAGGGCUGCAGCGUACUGUCGCCUUGAACAAUAUGAUCUUGCAAUUCAAGACUGUCGAACUGCACUUGCUCUUGAUCCGAAAUACAGCAAAGCAUAUGGGAGAAUGGGGUUAGCGUUGUCAUGUCAAAAUCGUUAUGAGCAAGCAGUGGAGGCAUACAAAAAGGCGCUAGAACUCGACCCUACUCAGGAAAGUUUUAAGAACAACUUAAGAAUUGCUGAGGAGAAAGUGAAGGAACUCGAAGCUGCUGCACAAGCAAGUGGAAAUCCGUUCGCUGCAAUCUUUGGCGGUACAGGAGGAGCAGGGACACCAGAAGGCGUUAACUUUGCAUCGUUGUUCAGCAAUCCGCAAAUGCUGAAUAUGGCUCAGGUAUUCUUGCAGUCCUCGAUGAAUGGCUUUAAAUAUCCACUUCAUACAAGUGUGGAAAGACUGCAAAAUCUAAAGGCCACUCAGUGA